CGGCCUGUUGCACACCCACCCCGAAAGAGGGUAAAACCAAAGCGGCCUUCGCAGACAACAAAACUAGAGAAAAAGUCUUUGUAAUAAGUCUAGCCAUUACUAGUUGGGUGCUAACCUAGUGAUUGUUGAAUAUGUUCAAAGUAGCACCGAUGAUUGUCACUGUUCUCGCUAUCGUAGUUGGAUGUUUAGGGUUAGAUCCGGCAUGCUUUCCUGGGUGCAAGUACACUGAUCAAUGGACAGACUGCGUCCCUUUUCGUAAAUCUCAUGGUUUGGGUCUGCGUACACGGGGUACGUGUGUGUUAUGUCCCGCGGAGCUACAGUCACAACCCGCGGGUAGUGGGAGGAACUCCUCCCGACCAACCGCGCUUUGCCUUCCCCCUAAAAGUACCGUGGCGGUUAGGGGGUUCACAUUUGGGGUCCUCUCAAGUCAGAAACUACGGUUUCCUCCUUCAUUAAAGAUCCAUACCCUUGCUUUGGUGGAAUGUGGGAUCACAGAUUUAGAACAGGACACUUUGGCCGCGUUUCCUACAUUGAAAUCCUUGCAGCUCGAUUCCAACAACUUGACUCACGUGAAACGAGCCUGGUUCGACGGCUUAAAAUCUCCGAAAUUGUUGUGGAUUCUGACGUUCUCCCACAAUGAUAUAAGCAGCAUGGAUUCAGCAUGCUUCCAAAAGCUCACUUCCCUGUCAACAUUGCUACUUGACAAUAACGCAUUGCAAAGUGUCGAGCCAUCUUGGUUUCACAAUCUGAACUUAGCCCACCUGUCUUUGAGAUCAAAUUCUAUCAAGAGCAUUCACCCCCAGGCAUUUAAGUCACUGGAAAAGCUCAUCAAGCUAGACUUGAGCCGAAAUGAGUUAACGUGUGUGUCCCCGGAGACUAUGAGUAGGCUCAAGUUAACAAAGCUGGCACUGGGCGGGAAUAGACUGCUUAUUCUCGGUAACUCUGCUCACUUGGUACUGACCUGGCGGCUUGAUUAUUCCUACUAUCUAUUCUCAGGCGUAAGAGUUGCAGUUAGGGUUAACCAGUUGCUUUUCUGUAUCACUAAAGGUCCUAAGCUAGCACAAUAUCACGUUCACACACACUACAAUACCUCACACUUACGUCCGUCCGACCAGGAGCAUAUCAGUCUAUGCUACCAGCUUGGGAAAAAACGCAAGUUCACCACAACAAACCAGUAUGCCCUGCCAUUUGUGGUCAUGUCAGUCAGCACAGAAACAGAGAAACACGAUUCAAACAUCACCCACUUGUGCACACAGGCUUGGGAAGCUAGUAGUGACGUAAAAGUAGCAUUGGGGGGAGACACUGCACUACAGAUAGUUCCUAUGGGUCUAGACUCCCUGUCCCAAACCUUUGCUGUAGUUGUAUCUGACAUCAUAGCCGAUAGUGCGAAUAGAAGCAUGUCCUAUACUGAUGUCCACGGUACAAAUAUCAGCACCUUUGGUCAUGAAGAAAUGAUAAACGUGACUUGUCAUGUGGACGCUCGGGGGGAAACCUACCGACAUGUCUUCACCGCGCCCGUGUCUGCCACUCCUAAUGGCACCGUGUGUGUAGAAAAGACCACAAAGACCGUGCCCAGCACUCCUGGUGACAUAACAGAAAAGAUGACCCAGCAGUCCACAACAAAACCUAUCACCCUGGCAACAGCGUCCCUCGUACUAGAUCACUCUCACAGAUACAUACACGGCAGAGGAAAGCAAACGUUAGAUCGUAUGGCGUGUGUGUAG